AAUCACAACCCUCCUUUUCCCUCUCCAAAACCUCCCGUCCCUCUCCGCCUUCGAUUUUCAAAAUCGUUCAGGAUCAUCAUCGCUUUGGCGGAUCUUCCAGAUCGAUCUCCAUGGACGCCGCAGGCGCUGAUCACGAUCGGCGUUUUAGCCGUCUCAGCCUCAUCGAUUUUGCCUCCGAGGACGAUUUCCUCCUCUCUUCUCCUUCCUGCGAUCUCCACGACGUCAAUUCUUUAGACAUUACGAAGGAGGACGAGGAACAGGACGAUAUCAGACAAUUAGGGACCGUAGAUUCUAGCAGAAUAGAGGAGGGAACAGACGCCUUCGAACAGAGAGAGGAUGAACCUCAAUCACUCCAAUCUUCGGAACCGGAAAGGAUCAGAAGAAAUGGAAAAUAUAACUUGCGUAAGAGUUUAGCAUGGGAUAGCGCUUUCUUCACUAGUGCAGGGUUUUUGGAUCCUGAGGAGUUAACGAGCAUGAUUGCACCAGUAGGCAGGAUUGAAAAGCGUGCACUACCGAAAAUUUCAGAAGAUGUUCAGAAAUCUUCAGAUACAAUUUCUUCGUUGGAAAGUGAAAUUAUGCCAUUGGAAAGCAUUGAGGGAAAUUUAUUCGAAGAUGUAAGGGCUUCAAUUCAGAAAUCUAGUAGAAUUAUUGGGAUGGGUAACUCGAGGAGUAAAGCUGAAUCCGGGCGAAAGACAACAUGCAAACCGCCAUCUCCAGGACGGCUUGAUCUUACUUCACAAAAUAAGAUAAAGGAUAGGUCUGCUUCCAGAAAGCAAACUCAUGGGUUGCAAGGACCGGGUAGAACUAUUAUGCAGACUUCUUCUCAACCACGCAGUGGACAGCAAUUGAAGGCAGUCAGCAGGCUUCCUUCGAUCUCAACAUCGAUAAAGAGGCCUUCCCUUGGUCACAAUCUUCCUGCCACUGAAAAGGAUGGCACUACCAGUGAUGCAGGACGUGCAGGCAGGCGGGAUUCAGUUAGUCUUAGAAGUACUGCUAAGCUUACCCGAAUUCCAACUGCAGCUAAGAUUCAGCAAAAGACUUCCUUUGACGUUUCUCGUAGUUCAUCUGACAAGGUCGGUAACUCUUUCUCCAAAGAUGCGAGGAGAAAAACAGAGGGUAAGGCUUCACCUUCCUCUGGCUGUAUCCCAAAAAUGUCAUCACGAGUUGGAUUGAAGGUCAAAACUCCUAUUGAGAAUUCUCGUCUCUCGUCUUACUUGAUAUCCCAAACUAAGCAUUCUUCAGGAAUAUCACCUGCUAGUUCUAUUAGUGAGUGGUCGACAGAGUCAUCAUCAAAUUCUACUCUUGAACAACGAUCAAAUAGCACAAGAGCCAGCCUUCACUCAGUUUCGAGCAAAAGAAUCUCUAUAGACAGUGACACAUCUAAUGAUGGAGGAAACCAUCUUGUUGGACCCAAUACUCAGACUACUGGUUUGCGAUCUCAGCCAGUAAAGAAAACUUCGCAGUCUUCUACACUUCCUCCUACUUCAAUGAAGCCUUCGGGCCUUCGAUUGCCAUCACCUAAAAUUGGAUACUUUGAUGGGGGGAAAACAUCUAGCAUGAAAUCUAAUCUUGCUGUACCUGGUGGCAUGACUAAGACUGGAGCUGGAAAUGUUAGCACAAAUGGAGGCCAAAGUAAGACCAAGCCUUCAAGGGUUCAACCCGCUAGAGUGUUACCCAAGACCGCAACUCGUGCUAAUAUUCAGCCUAAUAUGAAUUCGAAAUCAAAUAAACCAAUUACAACGAAGAUGUCCAAAACGAAUGACCAAGAAAUCAAGGAGCUUUGUCGUGAAGGACGGAAUACCUAUUCACACAAUUCAGGUUCAUGUGCAGAAAGUAAUAGGAAUUCAGGUGCUUUGAGGGAGGAGAUGAGCAAAGAGAAUGAAUCUUGCAGUUAUGCAAACAAAAUGACAACAGCUAACACCAACAGAGAGCCUAACAACAGCUUACCGAACUUCCAGACCUAAUGUUGAUGGUAUGCUUUUGCCAACUUUAUGCUUGCAGUAAGGUAAGUCAGAAUCAUGAAUUUGGGCGGGUUUCGAUACUCGAAAGAGUUAAUUAACUGUUGAUCAGGACUCUCGGCUUGUGAAUAUCUGAUAAUGUCCCAAAGGAAGCCUCCCACUUUCUUGUCAAAACUCAAAGGUUCACUGAUGCCUCUCACUGCUCAUCUAACUUAGGUAACUGAAAAUCAUUCCAUACAGGCCCAAAAGAUCUUUUCUCAGCUGCGGCAGCCGUAGAUGUGGAUCAAGAAUGGCCUCUGUUGCCAUCUUAGCAAGAACACAAUACUAACGGCUGUGGCUUAUCCUGGUGUCCGUCUGGUCCAGUGUUUCAUGAUAUGUUGUAUUCCAAAUCUGGGUUUAAUGGUGAAAUGUGAAGGUCGUUGUGCUGCAAGCUGAGCAUCUGAUACCAAUCAUAUGGGGGCAUUGCUGACUUGGUAUCGCCGUUGUCGUCGUGUCUGUGUACUCGUGGUGCUUGUGAUCUCGGCAGAACAAGAAUUUCGAACCUUUCAGAAUCCAAAAAGUGGUUGUCAUGUUUUACCUUUUUAGUUCAUGAAUAGUGUUGUAGAUGUUCCUCAUUUAACCCUUUCCCGUACUCAACAUUUCUGGGUUUCAAUGAAAACUUUAUUGUAGGAUUAUGGAUCCA